CCAACCAACCAACCAACCAUAUUAUUAGUUACAUUGCCUCUUUAAUUUCUCAUACCACCAAGAAUACUUUCUCGUUCGUUUCUUUGCUUUCCUGGACUCUUUUAUACAAUGGCAAUCGCUACCAAGGGUGAAAGCCGUCGUGGAGACGUGAAGGUUGUGCUCAUCGACACAAGGUACGUCGUGACGGAGCCCGAAAGCUUCAAGUCGGUGGUUCAGAGGCUCACGGGGAAGGACUCCUGCGUUUCAUGGAUCGAGGAGGCGUCUUUCACCGGCGCCGCUACUUCAAAGCGAAAGAGGCCGUCUCCCUCUAGGGUACUCAGCAACGACGACGAUGCUGUAGUAGCGGCACCGCGUUUGGCUGCUGAGAGAGGUGGUACCGGCGGCGGCGGUGGAGGUGGGAGUUCCGGCGGGGAUUGGCGGUUGUCGAAAGGGAUGUCGUUCAAGGACUUGGACCGGAUGAUGCUAGAGAUACCCGCGGCUGAGGAGCUGCGUCAACUGUGGAGCCAAGUAUAAGCGUAAAGCGCUUGUUACAGUAAAUGUAGUUUGGCGGUAUGCUUUGUGUAUACGAAACGACAUCGUUUGUGAUGGAUUGAUUGGUGAUGAAUAUACACGUUCCUUCAUUUUUUUUAUACUAAAUUACUAAUUAUCUA